AUGUCAGCACCGUCCGUGUCCGACGUCACCACAGCCCGCUGCAAUCCACGCUGUCAGCACAGUCCGCGUCCGAUGUCUCACAGCCCGUUGCACUCCACGCUGUCAGCAUCGUGCAUGUCCGACGUCAACACAGACCGCUGCAAUCCACGCUGUCAGGACCGUCCGCGUCCGACGUCACCACAGCCAGCAGCACUACACGCUGUGAGCACCGUCAGUGUCCAACGUCACCACGGACCGCUGCACUGCACGCUGCCAGCGCCUUCCGUAUCCGACGUCACCACAGCCCGCUGGACUCCAGGCAGUCAGCACCGUACAGGUCUCACAUCACCACAGCCCGCUGCACUACUUGCUGUCAGCACCGUCUGCGUCCGACGUCACCACAGCCCGCUGGUCUCUACGCUGUCAGCACCGCCCGGGUCUGACUUCACUACAGCCCGCUGCACUCCACGCUGUCACCACCGUCAGCGUCCGACGUCACCACAGCCAGCUGCACUCCAUGCUGCCAGCACCGUCCGCGUCCGACGUCACCACAGCGCGCCGCACUGCACGCUGUCAGCACCGUCUGUGUCCGACGUCACCGCAGCUUGCUGGACUCCACCGUGUCAGCGCCGUUUGUGUCCGACGUCAUCACAGCCCGCUGCACUCCACGCUGUCAGCACCGUAAGCGUCCGACGUCUUCACAGCCCUCAGGACCCCACACUGUCAGCACCGUCCGCGUCCGACGUCACCACAGCCAGCAGCACUCCACGCUCCCGCUGCACUCCACGCUGUCAGCACCGUACGGUUCUCACAUCACCACAGCCCGCUGCACACCACGCUGUCAGCAUCGCCUGCGUCCGACGUCACCACAGCCCGCUGGACUCCUCGCUGUCAGCACCGUCCGCGUCCGACGUCACCAUAGCCGGCAGCACUCCACGCUCACCGUUAGCGUCCGACAGCACCACAGCCCGCUGCACUCGAUGCUGUCAGCACCGUCCAUGCCCGACGUCACCACAGCCCGUUGCACUCCACGCUGUCAGCACCGUCCGCGUCCGACGUCACCACAGCUCGCUGCACUCCACGCUGUCAGUGCUGUCUGUUCCGACGUCAUCACAGCCCGCUACUCACCAUGCUGUGAGCACCGUCCGCGUCCGACGUCACCACAGCCCGCUGCACUCCACGCUGUCACCACCGUCAACGCCGGACGUAACCACAGCCUGCAGCACUCCAUGGGCCCGCUGCACUCCACGCUGUCAGCACCGCCCGUGUCCGACGUCACCACAGCCCGCUGGACUCCACGCUCGCAGCACCGUCCGUGUCCGACGUCACCACAACCAGCUGCACUCCAUGCUGCCAGCACCGUCCGCGUCCGACUUCACCACAGCCCGCUGCAUUCCACGCUGUGAGCACCGCCCGCGACUGACGUCACCACAGCCCGCCACACUACACGCUGCCAGCACCGUCCGUGUCCGACGUCACCACAGCCCGCUGGACUCCAUGCUGUCAGCACAGUCCGGGUCUGACAUCACCACAGCCCGCUGCACUCCACGCAGUCACCACCGUGCGCGUCCGACGUCACCAAAGCCCGCUGGGCUCCACGCUGUCAGCACCGUCCAUGUCCGACGUCACCACAGCACGCUGCACUCCACGCUGUCAGCACCAUCUGCGUCCGACAUCACCACAGCUUGCUUUACUACACACAAGCCCGCUGCAGUCCAAGCUGUGUGCACCGUCCGCGUCCGUCGAAACCACACACCCCGCUGCACUCCACGCUGUCAGCACCAUCCGUGUCCGACGUCACCACAGCCAGCUGGACUCCACGCUAUCAGCACAGUCCGUGUCCGACUUCACCACAGCCCGCUGCACUCCACGCUGCCAGCACCGUCCUCAAACGACGUAACCCCAGCCCGCUGGACUCCACCCUGUGAGCACCGUCCGUGUCCGACGUCACCACAGCCUGCUGCACUCCACUCUGUCAUCACCGUCCGCUUCCGACGUCAAUACAGCCCCCUUGACUCCCCGCUGUCAGCACCGUCCGUGUCCGACGUCACCACAGCCCGCUGCAAUCCACGCUGUCAGCACAGUCCGCGUCCGAUGUCUCACAGCAAGUUGCACUCCACGCUGUCAGCAUCGUCCACGUCCGACGUCAACACAGACCGCUGCACUCCACGCUGUCAGGACCGUCCGCGUGUAACGUCACCACAGCCAGCAGCACUCCACGCUGUGAGCAUCGUCAGUGUCCAACGUCACCACAGCCCGCUGCACCCCAUGCUGUCAGCACCGUCCGCUUCCGACGCCACCACAGUCCGCUGGACUCCAAUCUGUCACCAACGUCCGCUUCCGACGUCUUCACAGCCCGCUGCACUCCACGCUGUGAGCACCGCCCGCGUCCGACGUCACCACAGCCCGCCGCACUACACGCUGUCAGCACCGUCCGUGUCCGACGUCACCGCAGCUUGCCGGACUCCACCCUGUCAGUGCCGUCUCCCGCUGCACACCACGCUGUCAGCACCGCCUGCGUCCGACGUCACCACAGCCCGCUGCACUCCACGCUGUGAGCACCGUCAGUGUCCAACGUCACCACAGCCUGCUGCACCCCACGCUGUCAGCACCGUCAGCUUCCGACGUCACCACAGCCCGCUGGACUCCAAUCUGUCACCAACGUCCGCUUCCGACGUCAACACAGCCCACUGGACUCCACGCUGUCAGCUCCGUCCACAUCCGACGUCACCACAGACCGCUGAACUCCACGCUGUCAGCGCCGUCCGUAUCCGACGUCACCACAGCCCGUUGGACUCCAGGCUGUCAGCACCGUCCUCGUUUGACGUCACCACAAUCCGCUGCACUUUACACUGUGAGCACCGUCCGCGUCCAACGUCACAACAGCCCGUCGGACUCCAUGCUGUGAGCAACAUCCGUGUCCCAUGUCACCACAGCCCGCUGCACUACACGCUGUCAGCACCGUCUGCGUCCGACGUCACCAGACGCCGCCGGACUCUACGCUGUCAGCACCGCCCGGGUCUGACUUCACCACAGCCCGCUGCACUCCACGCAGUGAGCACCGCCCGCGUCCGACGUCACCACAACCAGCUGGACUCCACGCUGUCAGCACCGUCCGUGUCCGACGUCACUGCAGCUUGCUGGACUCCACCCAGUCAGCGCCGUCGGUGUCCGACGUCACCACAGCCCGCCGCACUCCACGCUGUCAGCACCGCCCGCGUCCGACGUCUUCACAGACCACAGGACUCCACACUGUCAGCACCGUUUGCGUCCGACGUCACCACAGCCAGCCGCACUCCAUGCUGCAAUCACCGUCCGCGUACGAAGUCACCACAGCCCGCUGCACUCCACGCUGUGAGCGCCGUCGGUAACAGACGUCACCACAGCGCGCUGCUCUCCACGCUGUGUGCACCGUCCACGUCCGACGUGACCACAGCCUGCUGGACUCCACUCUGUCAGCUCCGUCCGUGUCCGACGUCACCGCAGCUUGCUGGACACCACCCUGUCAGUGCCGCCUGUGUCCGACGUCACCACAGCCUGCUGCACUCCACGGUGGCAGCGUCGUCCGUGUCCGUCGUCACCACAGCCCGUUGGACUCCACGCUGUCUGCACCGUCCGCGUCCGGCGUCACCACAGCACGCUGCACUCCACGCUGUGAGCACCGUCCACGUCCGACGUCACCACUGCCCGCUGGACUCCACGAUGUCAGCACCGUCCGCGUCCGACGUCACCACAGCCCACUGGACUCCACACUGUCAGCACUGUCCGCGUCCGACGUUACCUCAGCACGCUGCACUUCGCGCUGUCAGCGCCGUCCGUGGCAGACGUCACCACAGCCCGCUGCACCCCAUGCUGUGUGCACUGUUUGCGUCCGGCGCCACCACAGCCCGCUGCACUCUACGCUGUGUGCACCGUCCGCGUCCGACGACACCACAGCCCGCUGCACACAAUGCUGUCAGCACCAUCCGCGUCCGACGUCACCGCAGCCCGCUGGACUCCACGCUGUCAGCCCCGUCCGUGUCCGACGUCACUACAGCUUGCUGUACUCCACGCUGUCAGUGCCGUCUGUGUCCGACGUCACCACAGCCCGCUGCACUCCACGGUCCCGCUGCACUCCAUGCUGAGUGCACCGUCCGCGUCCGACCACACCACAGCCCGCUGCACACAACGCUGUCAGCACCAUCCGCGUUCGACGUCACCGCAGCCCGCUGCACUCCACGCUGUCAUCACCGACCGCGUCCGACACACCACCGCCCACUGAACUCCACACUGUCAGCACCGUCCGCGUCCGAAGUCAGCACAUGCCGCUGCACUCCAUGCUGUGAGCACCGUCCUAGUCCGACGUCACCACAGCCCGCUGGACUCCUUUCUGCCAGCACCGUCCGUGUCCGACGUCACCACAGCCGGCUGCACUCCACCCUGUCAGUGCCGUCUGUGUCUGACAUCACCACAGCUUUCUGCACUCCACGCUGCCAGCACCGUCCGCGUCCAACACACCACAGCCCACCGGACUCCACACUGUCAGCACCGUCCGCGUCCGACGUCAGCACAUGCCGCUGCACUCCACUCUGUGAGCACCGUCCGCGUCCAACAUCACCACAACCCGCUGGACUCCAUGCUGUGAGCACCAUCCGUGUCCAACAUCACCAGAGCCCGCUGCGCUCCACGCAGUCAGCACCGUCCGGGUCUGACAUCACCACAGCCCGCUGGACUCCACGCUGUCAGCACCGUCCGCGUCCGACGUCACGACAGCCUGCUGGACUCAACGCUGUCAGCACCGUUCGUGUCCGACGUCACCACAGCCCACUGGACUUUAUACUGUCAGCACCGUCCGCGUCCGCCGUCACCAACGCCCACUGCAAUCCUCGCUGCCAGCGCCGUCCGUGUCCGACGUCACCACAGCCCGCUGCUCUUUACGCUGUGUGCACCGUCCGCGUCCGACGUCACAACAGCCCGCUGCACUCCACGCUGUCAGCACCGUCCGUUUCCGAAGUCACCACAGCCUGCUGGACUCCACGCUGUCAGCAAUGUCCGUGUCCGACGUCACCACAGCCCGCUGCACCCCACGCUGUCAGCACCGUCCGCUUCCGACGUCACCACAGCCCGCUGGACUCCAAUCUGUCACCAACGUCCGCUUCCGACGUCAACACAGCCCACUGGACUCCACGCUGUCAGCACCGUCCACGUCCGACGUCACCACAGACCGCUGCACUCUACGGUGUCAGCGCCGUCCGUAUCCGACGUCACCACAGCCCGCUGGACUCCAGGCUGUCAGCACCAUCCUCGUUUGACGUCACCACAGCCCGCUGCACUCCACGCUGUGAGCACCGUCCGCGUCCAUCGCCACAACAGCCCGUUGGACUCCAUGCUGUGAGCACCAUCCGUGUCCCAUGUCACCACAGCCCGCUGCACUCCACGCUGUCAGCGUCGUACAGCCCGCUGCACACCACGCUGUCAGCACCGUCCGCGUCCGACGUCACCACAGCCCGCUGGACACCACGCUGUCAGCACCGUCCGCGUCCGAUGUCUUCACAGCCCACAGGACUCCACACUGUCAGCACCGUCCGCGUCCGACGUCACCACAGCCAGCUGCACUCCAUGCUGCCAUCACCGUCCGCGUCCAACUUCACCACAGCCGGCUGCACUCCACGCUGUGAGCACCGCCCGCGUCCGACGUCACCACAGCCCGCCGCACUACACGCUGUCAGCACCGUCCGUGUCCGACGCCACCACAGCCCGCUGCACUCCACGCUGUCAGCACCAUCCAUGUCCGACGUCACCACAGCCCGCUACACUCCACGCUGUCAGUGCCGGCUGUGUCCGGCGUCACCCCCACCCGCUGCAAUCCUCGCUCCCGCUGCACUCCACGCUGUCAGCACCGCCCCGUCGACAUCACCACAGCCUGCAGCACUCCACACUGUGAGAACCGUGCGUGUCCGACGUCACCACAGCCCGCUGCACCCCACUCUGUCAUCACCGUCCGCCUCCCACGUCACCACAGCCCCCUGGACUCCACGCCGUCAGCACCGUCCGUGUCCGACGUCACCACAGCCCGCUGCAAUCCACGCUGUCAGCACAGUCCGUGUCCGAUUUCACCACAGCCCGCUGGACUCCAUGCUGUCAGCACCGUCCGAGUCCGAAGGCACCGCAGCUUGCUGGACUCCACCCUGUCAGUGCCGCCUGUGUCCGACGUCACCACAGCCCGUGCACUCCACGCUGUCAGCACAGUCCGCGUCCGACGCCUUCAGAGCCCACAGGACUCCACACUGUCAGCACCGCCCUCGUCCGACGUUACCACAGCCCGCUGUACUCCACACUGUGAGCGCCAUCGGUGACCGAUGUCACCACAGCGCGCUUCUCUCCACGCUGUGUGCACCGUCAACGUCCGACGUCACCACAGCCCGCUGGACUCCACUCUGUCAGCUCCGUCCGUGUCCGACGUCACCACAGCCUGCUGCACUCCACGGUGUCAGCGUCUUCCGUGUCCGUCGUCACCACAGCCCGUUGGACUCCACGCUGUCAGCACUGUCCGCGUCCGACGUCACAACAGCACGCUGCACUCCACGCUGUGAGCACCGUCCGCGUCCGACGUCACCACUGCCCGCUGGACUCCACGCUGUCAGCACCGACCGUGUCCGACGUCUCCACAGCUUGCUGUACUCCACCGUAUCAGUGCCGUCUGUGUCCGACGUCACCACAGCCCGCUGUGCUCCACGCAGUCAGCACCGUCCGGGUCUAACAUCACCACAGCCCGCUGGGCUCCACGCUGUCAGCACCGUCCGCGUCCGACGUCACGACAGCCUGCUGGACACGCCGCUGUCAGCACCGCUCGUGUCCGACGUCUCCACAGCCCGCUGCUCUUUACGAUGUGUGCACCGUCCGCGUCCGACGUCACCACAGCCCGCUGCAUUCCACUCUGUCAGCACCGUCCAUGUCCGAAGUCACCACAGCCUGCUGGACUCCACGCUGUCAGCAGCGUCCGUGUCCGACGUCACCACAGCCCGCUGCACCCCACGAUUGCUGUCUGUGUCCGACGUCACUACAGCCCACUGCACUCCACGCUGUCAGCGCCGUCCGUGUCCGACGUCACCACAGCCCGCUGCUCUCCACGCUGUGUGCACCGUCCGCGUCCGACGUCACCACAGCCCGCAGCACUCCACGCUGUCAGCACAGUCCGUGUCCGACGUCACCACAGCCUGCUGGACUCCUCGCUGUCAGCACAAUCCGGGUCUGACAUCACCACAGCCCGCAGCACUCCACGCUGUCAGCAGCUUGAGCGUCCGACGUCACCAAAUCCCGCUGGACUCCACGCUGUCAGCACCGUUUAUGUCCGACAUCACAACAGCCCGCUGCACUCCACGCUGUCAGCACCGUCCACGUCCGACGUCACCACAGCCCACUGCACUCCACGCUGUGAGCACCGCCCGCGUCCGACGUCGCCACAGCCUGGUGCACUCCACGCUGUCAGCACCGUCCGUGUCUGACGUCACCACAGCCGGCUCGAUUCCACGCUGUCAGCACCGUCCGUGUCCAACGUCACCACUGAAUGCAGCAGUCCACGCUGUGAGCAUCGUUCAUGUCCGACGUAACCACACCCCGCUGCACUCCAUGCUGUCAGCACCGACCCCGUCCGACAUCACCACAGCCUGCAGCACUCCACGCUGUGAGCACCGUCCGUGUCUGACGUCACCACAGCCCGCUGCACUCCACUCUGUCAUCACCGUCCGCUUCCGACGUCACCACAGCCGCCUGGACUCCACGCUGUCAGCACCGUCCGUGUACGGCGUCACCACAGCCCGCUGCAAUCCACGCUGCCAGCAAAGUCCGUGUUCGAUUUCACCACAGCCCGUUGCACUCCACGCUGUCAGCACCGUCCACGUCCGACGUCAACACAGACCGCUGCACUCCACGCUGUCAGGACCGUCCGCUUCCGACGUCACCACAGCCCGCUGGACUCCAAUCUGUCACCAACGUCCGACGUCAACACAACCCACUGGACUCCACGCUGUCAGCACCGUCCUCGUUUAA